AUGUCUAUUACUGCCCUACCUCCCAACACCACUCUUCAAGGGCGCUCUGUGCUCAUCACUGGCGCCAACGUAGGCCUGGGAUUCUCUGCAGCACUCCUUGCUCUUCAGCUCGGAGCCUCUCCUUUGUAUAUCACCUGUCGCUCGGCGGAGAAAGGAAAGAAAGCACGCGAUGAACUGCUUGCCGAUCCUUUGGUCAAGAAGAAGAAUCCACGCGCGAUCGUCAAAGUGUAUGAACUCGAGAUGUCCAAGUGGGACGGUGUCACUUCUUUCGCAAAGAAGUUCCUUGACGACAGGCAGGCUGCGAGCGAAGCACUCGACAUCGCGAUCUUGAAUGCCGGUAUGGCCAAUCUGGAACAUGAGCUCGCUCCGACCGGAAACGAGAUGGUGUUACAAGUCAACUACUUAUCGACCGCGCUUCUGUCUCUGCUACUAUUGCCUCUCUUGAAGAAGAGUAUAACGACGGAGCACACUGCGCGACUCACAUUCAUAACGAGCGGUUCGCACAAGAGCACAUCGCUGAAGCAUCCUCCGCCCAACGAUGUCAACUACCUCACUUCCCUUAACGCGAAGAAGACUUUCAGCGCGAUGAACCGAUAUGGACUAAGCCAGCUUCUGCUCAUUCUUUUCCUCCGUGAUCUCUGUGAGAAGAUCAGCAGCGACAAGGUGAUCAUCAAUAAUGUCUGCCCGGGUAUGAUCAACACAAGCCUCGAUCGCAAAGUGCCGUGGAUUAUGGUGCUUGUUAUCUGGGCGUGGAAGUUCACCUCCGGGAACCCGGUCGAGAAGGGCGCACAAUGCUACAUUGCAGCUGUCGCGAAUGUUGGUCCUGAAAGCCAUGGGCUAUGGUAUCAACGCAUGAUGUUGACCUCUUAUUCAGAUGUCGUUACCGGUCCUGAAAGCAAGGUACUCCGAGAGCGAAUCUGGGGUGAGACCAUGGAACAGCUUCGGAAGAUCUCACCUGGUGUUGACAAAAACAUUUGAACGCCUUCUUGACUUGUCAAUGCGGUCCUAUGCACCUUCUCGAAUUGUCCGGGUAGUCAUGUCGGUUUUCACGUGACUUGGUUAACGAGCCAAUGUUUCAUUCUCACUCGGUCAAUAUACAAUAUAUCA